GAUGAUCCGGUCCUAAAGCAUUUGUUUCCUACUUUGAAGGAUGGCCUUACACCAUUCACUAUCCAUCUCUUUAAGAACAAGUCCUUCACAAAUCCAAAAUCCAACCAGAAAGAAGAAAUUCAAGCACCAGAGAUACACAAAAAUGGCUGAUGAACAGGCAAAGGCAGAGCGCGAGCGCAUAUUCAAGCGUUUCGACUUGAAUGGCGAUGGCAAGAUCUCUGCAGCAGAGCUCGGAGACUGCUUGAAGACACUCGGCUCAGUCACGCCGGAGGAGAUUACACGAAUGAUGGCAGAGAUCGAUACGGAUGGCGAUGGCUACAUUUCUUUUGAGGAAUUCACAGAGUUUGCCAAGGCAAACAGUGGCCUCAUGAAAGAUGUUGCCAAGAUAUUUUGAUAACAUCUAUCAAUCUGUGUGAGGCAAAUUUUGAUCGUGAUGCAACUGAAGAUAUCUUAUGGUAGAUUUGCUUUUUUGCUUGUAAAAGUGUUUCCUUAUUGUCUUUUAAAGUUGCCAUAUUUGAUAUCAUAUGAGGUCUUCUGAGGAAG